AUGUCAACAUUUUUUGAAAGGAAAUUUUCUUUAGAUCGUAUUUCUAUAAAUAGAGUGGACAAAGAAGUACAAACAAUGCUUUUGCCUUUGAAUUUGAUGCAAUAUAUUACAUACAGCCCAAAAUAUUGCAUCAAAAAUAAUUAUAUAUUCCCAAAUAACCUUCUGACUUACUGUCUUUCUCUAACUGCAACUAUAUUCAUUAUAGUCUCCUACAUUACCAGUCACCAUUUAAGCAUCAUUUCCGGAACAAAAGAAAAUGUCGGUUUUUUAGAUUACCUAUCUUUUUAUGAUUCCGCCUUCAACAGCAUCGGUUUCACUUUAAUUUUUGUCAUACAAAUUAUGCAAAGUAAAAACUCUGUCAUGUUCGUGUUGAUGUUUCAAAAAGUACACAGGGUACUUAACAAUGAAAUUAACACAAACCAAACUGUUUUUGUCAUUUGGACCGUUGUGAUUCUAACAUCAUUGUUCUUUCCUUGUUAUUUCACUGCCUAUUGCAUAUUAGCGAAUUUCCCUUUUCGUUUCUUAAUAGCCACUUUUUUCUUAGCGGUUUUUGAUUUUAAUAUCGUAUAUGCAACAGAAGUGAUUAAGUUACUGACGAAUAAAGUGGAUCUGUGGAACAACCAUGUUGUACGUGGCGAGGAACUGGAAGACAGGCAUGGAGGAGAUUACUAUGAGAAACUGUUUCAGACAUACGAUGAAAUAUUGGAGUGUUAUGACAUUCAUAAUACUUGCUUUCGGACAUUCAUAAUGUUUUACAUUGUGGAGGUAUUCAACCAUUCUCUAGUUUAUGUUGAAGAAGCGCUAACGGUCAUACAAUACGGUUCCAAGUAUUAUGAAAGUACAACUCAAAUAACUUGGGUAACAAUAUUAAUAUUUAUAUGGCUGUUGAAGAAUUUUUUAUUGCUCACAAACAUGAUACAUCAAUAUGAGAAGUUUUAUAUAGCGGUUGGAAAUGUUCAGGAUACUUGCACACUCAUAUUAAGGACAACAAACUCUGAUGCUGAAAAAAGGCUAUGUAAGAACAUGUUACGCUUGCACCGAGCUUCGUUCAGCAAGAUGAGUCUGUACGGCAUGUUCCACGUGGACGCGGCGUUACAGCAGGGGCUGAUGAUGCUCCUUACUGAAUAUACUGUUGUAUUACUACAGUUCACAUUUUUAUAA